CGGGCAGCCGGGCCGAGGGAGGAGGGUCUGACAGUUGGCGCCGCCGGGGAGGGAGGGCGGGCGGCGCGAGUGGGCGCGGGCAAGGAGGGUCAGAAAGUCAGCGCUGGAGAUGGGCUUUUAAUGAAGGAGAGAGGCAAUUGAGUCCAGCAGGGUGACCUCUGCAGCUGUAGGGAGAGGAUACCAGUACUCAAAGGCUUCUGGCUCCCGGGAGCAGCACCAGGGCCAGGGAGACAAUGGUCUCAGUGACUAUGGCCACUUCCGAGUGGAUCCAGUUCUUUAAGGAAGCCGGCAUUCCUCCCGGGCCUGCUGUCAAUUACGCCGUGAUGUUUGUGGAUAAUAGGAUCCAGAAGAGCAUGCUGCUGGAUCUCAACAAAGAGAUCAUGAAUGAGCUGGGCGUGACUGUGGUGGGCGACAUCAUCGCCAUCCUCAAGCAUGCCAAGGUGGUGCACCGCCAGGACAUGUGCAAAGCCGCCACUGAGUCCGUGCCCUGCAGCCCCAGCCCCCUCCCAGGCGAGAUUCGCCGAGGCACCUCUAGUGCUGCCUCUCGAAUGAUUGCUAACAGUCUGAACCGUGACUCCCCACCCGGCACUCCACCGAGGCGGCCGGACACCAGCACCUCCAAGAUCUCAGUCACCGUGUCCAACAAGAUGGCAGCGAAGACUGCCAAGGCUGCCGCAGCCCUGGCCCGCCGCGAAGAGGAGAGCCUGGCCGUUCCCACCAAGCGGCGCCGGGUCACUGCCGAGAUGGAGGGGAAAUACAUCAUCAACAUGCCCAAAGGCACCACCCCCCGGACCCGUAAGAUCCUGGAGCAGCAGCAGGCGGCAAAAGGUCUCCACAGGACGUCCGUGUUCGACCGCCUCGGCGCCGAGACCAAGGCAGACACGACAACAGGGAAUAAACCCACAGGAGUCUUCAGCCGCCUGGGGGCCACCCCAGAGAUGGACGAGGAUCUGGCUUGGGACAGCGACAAUGACAGCAGCAGCUCUGUCCUGCAGUAUGCCGGGGUCCUGAAGAAGCUGGGCCGGGGCCCAGCCAAGUCCAGUCCCCAGCCAGCACUGACUGUCAAAGCUAAGGCCACAAGUUCAGCCACAACGGCUGCCACCCCAACACUGCGGCGUCUGGCCCUUUCCUCACGCCCUGGACUCGAGAGGAAGCCAGAGUCCCUGUCCAAAGGCAGCAUCAUCCAGAGACUGGGCAAGGCUGCCCUUGUGCCUGAGGCCCAGGACAGCCAGGUCACGAGCACCAAGAGUAAGUCCUCAGCCGAGGUCAAGGUCACCAUUAAGAGGACUCUGGUGGGGCCCCGGGGGAACAGCUCCAGCGAGGGCCUGGGUGCCCAGAUGGACCAUGCGGGCACAGUGAGCGUGUUCAAAAGACUGGGCCGCAGGACCUUCUAGCCUCUGGGCGGGGCGCAGUCCCCUCUCCAGGCUCCUGGCUCCGGCAGAGGCUCCAGUGAGGGCGCGCCCAACCCUCUGCCGGCUUCUGGAUGACACUGCUUGUCUCCCUCGGCAUUGGAGCCGGCCCGAGCUUUCUGGGGACUCACCCCAGUUUUCUGAGUCUGAGAUGGUCGUUGUGACCUGGCCUUGCCGCUCCGGUCUUUCCUUUCUCUCACGUCCUCUGUUCUCUCCUCUCUGACUGUGGCCUUGGCAGGGCACACUCCUCUACCUCUCCCAGAGCCAAGUGCCCUUUUCCCUCCCCCAUUCCCCUUCCUGCCUCUCAGCAGCAUCUGCUGCCUCGGCCCCAGCUCCUCAGCCUUCCAGUCCCCCAGAGCGGGUGUCACCUGGAGGGGCCGACUUCCCGACUUCCCCUCGCCCCUCUGCCCCGUCCCCAUGCUACUUUAACUUCUCGGUCUCUCCCUCUCUUCAUGCUGUUCAUUUCUCUUCUGUUUUCUGUCCCUGUGGCAAGGCCCGACUGUGCGCUGCGUCCUGCCUGACCCUCCUGCGCCUCCGGCCUCCCAGCGGCCCCGUCGACGGUGGCGUCGAGCCUGUAGAGACUGUUAGCCGCCCUCGCUCCCAGACCCUGGGCUGCAGCAGGGCCCCUCUGUUUUCCGGCCCUGGGCGUCUUUUUCUCUGAAAGCCUGUGGCGGGUGGCGAGCAAGGGUCACCGGGAAGGGAGGCCGGUGCCGAGAGAGAAGAAAACAGCUGUUUUAAUAUAUUUUUGUGGCUUUCAAACUGUU